AUGAGUCUGCUCAGAAAGUGCAAGCUGUGCAUUGACGUUUCGCACUCUGCGCUGUGGGGGUAUGACCCUGUCGAAUCGAUAAAACGCUACAAAGAUCAGUUAAUCUACGUUCACCUCCAAGACUAUGCGAACUACUCCGGCGGCGACGGUGAGUCUUACGAUGUCAAUUGGGUUGAUGUCGGCAGCGGAACGGUGAUGGACUUUCCAAAAAUUAUGACAACCUUGGAAGAGAUUGGAUAUGAUCGCUGGGUGACAGCCUGCCCCGGUCAAAUCGAGGAUCGAUCUGAUCAGGAGCGGAUGCAAGUGAAUCGGGGAUAUCUCCAGCAGCUAGGAUAUUAA